AUGAAGCUGAUUAUACUCCUGUUCGCCUUCUUCUCGGCUGCCUUCUCGAGGGGCAAGGUAAGCCUCCAGUGGGCCAUCUGCGAAGCCAACCCGCAGGACACGCUCCCAAAGCUAGGCCUGAAUGCUGCAACACCGCCCUACAAAGAAAACCCAAUCACCUACUACGACGAACAGCCACCCUUCCACGCAUUCUCCGGCGUGGGCUUCCGCACCAAGACCAACAAGGGGAAGCCGUUAUCCGCCAUCAAAGUCCGCCUCCAGGAGGACUCGCCCGACAUUCCAGACUUUGCCGACUGUGGAUGGGCACGCUACGGCAACACCACACCAUUCUUUGCCUGCGAGAAGCGCUGCCCUCUCAAACCAGCGUUGGCGGGGGACAUAUGGUGCGAGGAGCAGGUAGAACUUGCGCAAAAGUACCAGCACGUCGACUGGAGCGCACUCCACGCGUACGGACCGUACCCCAAUGGCAAGUGGAAGCUACGCAUGGGGGGCCACAAGGCCAAAUUCGACGAUGUCGUGGCUGGAAAUCUGCAUCUGAUGGAGAUUGAGAUGAAGGUGCACCCCAAAAACGCCGAUGCAGCGACGGAGGCAGUCACGCGAUAUCUGACGGAGCGGGGGGUCGCCUUGUGCGAACCGCAGGAGGGAAAGUUCAUGCGGUUGAUUCGUUCCAUGGGACACGUUAGUACAGGAGAAGACGAGCUGUGA